GGCAGGAGAAAUACGUGUAGGUGCAGCACAAGCUCAACGGGAUGCUGACUGGGUUUAGUUUCUUCUUUUCCCAGCACGGUUGGACCAGACCGGCAGAAUCCACCAAGGCCCUCUCUCUGACUACCUCUCCGGAAUGAGGUCUCAGCCCCCGUGCGACACAACCCCGUUUUCUGUCCCACAGAGCCCAAGGAGAGGCCGAAGCCGAGACGAUGCCUGGGAAGCUGAAGGUGAAAAUCGUGGCCGGGCGCCAUUUGCCAGUGAUGGACCGUGCUAGUGACCUGACUGAUGCCUUCGUGGAGGUAAAAUUUGGUAAUACCACCUUUAAAACAGAUGUAUACCUCAAGUCACUCAAUCCACAGUGGAACUCAGAAUGGUUUAAGUUUGAGGUGGAUGAUGAAGAUUUACAAGAUGAACCUUUACAGAUCACAGUUCUUGACCAUGAUACUUACAGUGCAAAUGAUGCCAUUGGUAAAGUGUACAUUGAUAUUGAUCCUUUACUGUACAGUGAGGCUGCAACAGUCAUCUCAGGAUGGUUUCCAAUUUAUGACACUAUACAUGGUAUCCGUGGAGAAAUCAAUGUAGUUGUCAAAGUAGACCUCUUCAAUGAUUUAAAUCGAUUUAGACAGUCAUCGUGUGGAGUCAAAUUCUUUUGCACAACGUCUAUUCCAAAGUGCUAUAGAGCUGUGAUAAUUCAUGGAUUUGUAGAAGAACUUGUAGUCAACGAAGACCCAGAAUAUCAAUGGAUCGAUCGAAUUCGUACACCAAGGGCAUCAAAUGAGGCCAGACAGAGACUCAUUUCUUUAAUGUCAGGUGAACUACAAAGGAAGAUUGGCUUAAAAGUACUCGAAAUGAGAGGAAAUGCAGUUGUUGGCUACUUACAGUGUUUUGAUCUGGAGGGCGAGUCUGGGUUAGUGGUACGAGCCAUAGGAACAGCGUGUACUCUGGAUAAAUUAAGUAGCCCAGCAGCAUUCCUUCCUGCAUGCAAUUCUCCAUCUAAAGAAAUGAAGGAGAUUCCCUUCAAUGAAGAUCCCAAUCCCAAUACUCACUCAUCAGGACCCUCAACCCCUCUGAAAAACCAAACUUAUUCCUUUUCACCUUCCAAGUCCUACAGUCGACAGUCCUCUUCUUCUGACACAGAUUUGAGUUUGACACCCAAAACUGCACCUUACCCACAGGGACCUAGGAUUUACCUGUGUCCCAGCUCCCCCUCUCUCUCUUGUGGUUCCCUUCAUCUUAAAAAGUCCUGUCUCCUCCUCUCGGAAUCUAGCCUUACCCCUCAUCAUUCUAGCCUUGUCAGCCCAGUUCUGAGGAAAAGUGUUUCUUUCAGUGAAGAGCUGUUCCUGGCUGCUUCUGGAAUGGGCAGUGGUAGUGCUGGAAAAGAAGGGGGGCCAUUUAAAGCUCUUUUAAGACAACAGACACAGUCAGCAUUGGAGCAGAGGGGAGGAUCGCCUCAUAGGUUCUGUAGAAGGCGGGAAUUUCCAUUUUUUACCCUGACUGCAUUUCCUCCUGGAUUCCUUGUGCACGUUGGAGGUGUUGUUAGUGCACGUUCUGUGAAGCUUUUGGAUCGUAUCCACAAUCCUGAUGAACCGGAAACUCGAGACGCAUGGUGGGCAGAAAUCAGACAAGAAAUAAAAUCACAUGCUAAAGCCUUAGGCUGUCAUGCUGUAGUGGGCUACAGUGAGUCAACCAGCAUCUGUGAAGAGGUCUGUAUUUUAUCAGCAUCUGGCACAGCGGCUGUUCUGAACCCUCGAUUUCUGCAGGAUGGCACCGUGGAAGGCUGUUUGGAACAGAGGCUUGAAGAAAAUUUGCCUGCAGGCUGUGGAUUUUGCCAUAUACCAUAUGAUGAACUGAAUAUGCCAUUUCCAGCUCAUCUCACAUACUGCUAUAGUUGCAGGAAACAAAAAGUUCCUGAUGUUCUCUUUACAACUAUAGACCUCCCAAUAGAUGCAAUAGUUAUUGGAAAAGGUUGUCUUAUUCAAGCAAGGUUAUGUCGCUUAAAAAAGAAAGCACAGGCAGAAGCAAAUGCUACAGCUAUCAGUAAUCUCUUGCCAUUUAUGGAAUAUGAAGUACAUACUCAGCUAAUGAAUAAACUAAAACUCAAAGGAAUGAACGCUUUGUUUGGACUAAGAAUCCAGAUCACAGUGGGUGAAAAUAUGUUGAUGGGCUUAGCAUCUGCCACAGGUGUAUAUUUAGCGGCUUUACCAAUGCCUGGUGGUAUUCAGAUUGCUGGGAAGACUCCUAAUGAUGGUUCAUAUGAACAGCAUAUCUCUCAUAUGCAAAAGAAGAUAAAUGAUACAAUUGCUAAGAACAAGGAAUUAUAUGAAAUCAAUCCUCCAGAGAUAUCUGAAGAGAUUAUAGGAUCACCCAUCCCAGAACCUAGACAACGCUCAAGACUUUUAAGAUCUCAGUCAGAAAGUUCUGAUGAAGUUAUGGAAUURGAUCUUUCACAUGGGAAAAAAGAUGCUUUUGUUUUGGAGAUUGAUGACACUGAUGCAAUGGAAGAUGUGCAUUCUCUCCUUACUGAUGUUCCUCCUCCUUCAGGCUUUUAUAGUUGCAAUACAGAAAUUAUGCCUGGUAUAAAUAAUUGGACAUCAGAAAUACAGAUGUUCACAUCAGUAAGAGUAAUCAGAUUAAGCAGUCUUAACCUGACUAAUCAAGCUCUCAAUAAGAACUUUAAUGAUCUCUGUGAAAAUUUACUCAAGAGCCUGUAUUUUAAGUUACGAUCCAUGAUCCCCUGCUGCCUUUGCCAUGUAAAUUUCACAGUAUCUCUGCCUGAAGAUGAAUUAAUUCAGGUCACAGUCACAGCAGUUGCAAUAACUUUUGAUAAAAAUCAGGCUUUACAGACCACAAAACCACAUGUUGAAAAGUCACUACAAAGAGCUUCUACAGAUAAUGAAGAACUUUUGCAGUUUCCACUGGAACUCUGUUCAGAUUCACUUCCUUCACAUCCUUUCCCACCAGCUAAAGAACACCUGGAGAGUGCAAGUUCUAACUCAGGUAUACCAGCCGCACAGAGAGCAACGUCAGUUGAUUACAGUUCCUUUGCAGACAGAUGCAGCAGCUGGAUAGAGCUCAUUAAACUGAAAGCUCAGACCAUAAGGCGCGGAUCAAUUAAGACAACUGUGACAGUUGAAAAAGCAAGUCCAAUGGGUGAAGGAAAUUUCCGGAACCGUUCUGCUCCACCUUGUACAAAUUCCACAGUUGGGGUUGUUAAGAUGACACCUCUUUCUUUCAUUCCUGGAGCAAAAAUAACUAAAUAUCUUGGGAUAAUUAACAUGUUUUUUAUUCGGGAAACUACUUCUCUUCGUGAGGAAGGAGGAGUCAGUGGUUUCCUCCAUGCCUUUAUUGCUGAAGUGUUUGCAAUGGUGAGGGCUCAUGUUGCUGCAUUAGGAGGAAAUGCUGUCGUCUCCUAUAUAAUGAAGCAGUGUGUCUUCAUGGAGAAUCCAAAUAAAAACCAGGCACAGUGUCUUAUAAACGUAAGUGGUGAUGCAGUGAUUUUUGUUCGUGAAUCAGACUUAGAAGUGGUAUCAGCCCAGCAACCUACUGCCAACUGCCAGCCAUUAUGUACUGGAGGAGAUGUUACAACCUGAAGAAAAUAGGAAAGAAAGAGUUCACCUCAUUGAAAUUUAUCUGUMUCCAUUGUUUUGUCAUUAUCGUCUUAGACAAAAAGAAAUGAAAUUAAUUUGAAAUAGUUAAGAAAGAAUUGAUACAUUAUGCGUAGAUUUUUGUCUGGAAUCUGUUGGAGGCAUGAGAAUUUCUAAUCUUGAUGUUUUGUUUGCCUAGUCUAGAUAGACAGGCCCCAUGAAAAUUCUGCCUUCAAUAAGUUAAAAUAAAUUUCUAAGUGAACUGUAGCAAAAAUGAAAGUUACUUGUAAUUUAUGUUGAUUUUAAUAAAAUCAUAAUUUAAAAAUGAAAUGGGAGGAUUAUCAGGAAACUAGAAUAGCUACUUUAUAUAAUUUAGAAAAACAAAGCAAGAAAGUCACAUAUUGUUAAUGAAUAAAUAAUAGAUUUGAGAAAUGUGGGGGAAAUGGAGAAGAGUUUUCAGAAAACUACUGUGUGGAUUUCUUAAUGUGUUUUAUUUUGAUGAGGAAUUUGGUAAUAACUCUCAGUGGGUAAGUGCUUUCAGCCGUCUUUUAGAAAGUUAAAAUUCUGUAACUUGAUUCUGAAAUACCUCUAACUACUGUAAAAGAAAAAGUAAUUUAUUAAAACUGAUAUCUUUUCAUUGAAAAGUUUUAAUAUCUCCAACGAGGGAGGAAAAUUUAUAAUAUAAUUUCAUAACUGGCCACAUUUGAGUUAGUAUUUAAUUUGUCUGAAGAGGCUUGGCUUCAGGUGGGAAGAAAACAUUGGUGAAUUUUAUUGAAGCAGUAAAAAUAUAAUUGAUCUAGUAGGAACAUAAAAAUUAUUUUCCAGUAAAAUAAUAUUGCACUCCUACCAAAUGUACAGAAUUUUAGUAGUAUCUUAAAAAUUGUUGGUAGUGAGUUGGAGUGUAUUUGGCAUAGAAUUUGGAAAUGUAAAUUGAAGUAAAUAUGCUGCAAAAUGUUGAAUGUAUACAUAGAAAUACUUUUUUUGUCAAUGCCAAAUGCCCACUGUAAAUGAAUCUUAGAUAUUAUAUUUCUCCUUUGCACAAUAAAAAUUUCUUUAUAAAACUCAUGAUUUUGUUCUCCAACAAGCUGCCCUACGGAUUAGUUAUUUCCUUGUUAUUACAGG